AUGGCAGAGUCUCCAUCCAAGCUCUCCAAAAACGUUAGUUUUCACAGCGUGCGCGGGAAUGACAACCAGUGGGAGGACAUCAGUGACGAAGGUAUGGUUGAAAUCGAGCAGGAUGAUUCCUGUGCGGAUCAAGAUGACCAAGUUGCGCAGGAACGAGAGGAAGACGAGAACGUCGCAUCUUCAAGCUCCAGCAGCCAGGACAGGAUGUUCAACAGGAGAUCUUCUGUUGGGUCGAAGCUCAGCGAUCUGCGAGUUCAUCGCCCUCGUCGCUGGGCAACGAGGAUCCUUACCAGCUCAGCUUUUCUCAUCUUCAAUGUGACGUUGAUCACUCUCAACACCUUCUGGAUGGGUAUCCACGCCGAUGGCUUUGUGAUGCGUGAACAUCAAGUCAUUGACAACCUUGACGUAUACUACGCGGUCGAGAGCGUCUUCACAGGCCUCUUCUUUGCGGAGCUUCUGAUUCGCCUUUUUCACUAUGCAAAGUGGCAGCUGUGGAAAGACCCGCUGCUGCUCCUUGAUACCGUGGUGAUAGUGAUCCCAGCAGUGGAAAUGUGGAUUUGGCGACCACUGUCAAGACAAUCGUUGGACAACAUCGCCAUCACAACUGUAAUGAGUCUGUUUCGCGUCUGCCGGAUUGCACGAGGCAUCAUGACACUGGCGAGCAUCAAGUGGCUCCGACCACUAUAUCUGUCCGCCAUGGGUCUGAAGCACUCCCUCAGCUACUUGUUCGCCAUGACCAUGUACUUGGCCACAAUGUUGUUUGCCGCCUCCGUGCUCUUGUGCGAGCUCGUGGGUCCCAGCAGUCCUGUCCACGUCAGCCUUCCGGUUGUGAUCCGUACUCGCUUCUCUUCCGUGGCUUCUGCCUACCUUACAUUGGUGGAGUGCUUGCUGGGAGGUGUGGAGUGGGGGCCACAGCUGGCAAACACCUUGCUCUUCAGCACGGACACCGCGAUCAGCGGGAUCGUCUUCUUUGGCUUCCUUACGUUUGGCGUCAUGCUGUGGCUGAACAUUGUGAGAGGAGUCUUCGUGCACCAGGUGGACCAGUCUUUCGAAUUCACGAAUGUCACGAAGUUCAAGGAUUCUGAGCUCCAGCAGCUGACCCAGGAGCUUCUCAAGCAUUUCGUCAAAGCCAUUCACGACAUGGACAGAGAGAACACCGGCGCGAUCUCGUUUAGCGACGUUUCUGCUGUGUUGCCGCACCAUUUGGACGAACUGGCGGAUGUGGGCGUCGGUCUCCCAGAAGCGAGGAAGAUAUUCCACGAGCUGGACACGACUUCCACGGGGUAUGUAUCGAUCUCGCUGUUCAUCAGCCGAAUCGAGGACUACAUGAAGUACAAGCCUGUUGAGGUUCUCAUCUUCGAGAAUCAACAGUUCAGGCUCUUGCAGCUCAUCAAGAAACUCGGGAGACGGAACUUGAAAACUUUCUCCAAGGUGUCUCAAAGCCUCGAGAUCAUGGCGUCUGAUUUGGCUCAGGCCUUUACCACAAAAGAGGAGAUGCCAGCUUCUAUUGACGAGCAGAUCGAGAAGCAGCGAGGGCGGGUCCGGUCGUCUGCGAUGGCUUCAAAUGCGGCGGCGGCACGAGAGCUGGACGAAAAGAUCUUGUCGAGCGAGGCCUCGCCAAGGUCUGCAAGGCCCUGGGCGGCGCAGGCGCAGAGGAAGCCUUUGACCAGCAGUGCAAACUUCAUCAUCGACAUGUGGGAAGAGUCUCUGCAGAAACAGCGACCGGAAGUGAGAGAUUUGAUCGACUCGAGCAUCCGUCUGACAAGCCUAUAG